AUGGCCGCCAGCCCUAUGCUCUGCUCAAUAGGACUCGAGAAUGCCUCACUCGUCAAAUUUGUACUGGCAACCUUUGUCGCUUUCCCUCUGCUGUUCGUUAUCGGGUUCUACCUAUGGGUCACACCGAGCACGUUGAAAGACUCACGACGGAAACACCUUCCGCCAGGUCCUCGUGGUUUGCCCUUCCUUGGGAACUUCUUUGAAAUGUCCAAGGCUGAAACGUUUCGAUUUCAGGCGCAAAAGUGGGCAAAGGAGUAUGGUGAGAUCUUCUAUACCAAGAUGGGAGGAGCUGACUACAUCUACUUGUCAUCUCCCACUGCGGUAAAGGAAUUGAUGGACAAGAAAUCUGGAAUAUACUCCUCACGACCGCCAGCGCCGCUUGCCAGCGAUGUCGCAUCCGCUGGUCGACGACAACUGUUUAUGCCAUAUGGACCCAAAUACCGUGUUGUCCGAAAGAUUGCUCACCAGCUCCUUAACAUCACCGUUUCCACCAGCUACCAACCCAUUCAAGAUCUAGAAUCCAAGCAACUGAUGUACGAUCUGCUCCACGACCCAGAACACUUUUAUGAUCACAACCGGCGCUACUCGUCAAGCGUUAUCCUUACCGUGGCAUAUGGUCAUCGGAUGGCAGAUUGGGACAAUCCAUUGGUGAAGAAGAUUUACAGUGUGGUCAACAACCUGCAGCAAUUCUCCGCUCCUGGUGCCUUCCUCGUUGACACGUGGCCCUCACUGCGAUAUUUUCCCCAAUGGAUGUUUGGUAAUUGGCGGAAAUUCGGCGAGAAAUGCUUUGCUCAUGAUUCGGUUGUCUAUCUUAAGCUCUGGGGCGAUUUGAAGAAAGAGGUAGACGAAGGGAAAGCCAAUCCAUGCUUUGCGAAGGACUUUUACCUGAGCGAUCCCAAAAAACUCGGGUUGGACCAGCUCCAAGCAGCGUAUCAAACUGGUGGCCUGGUGGAGGCUGGUUCCGAAACAACAUCGGCGUUCUUGAACUCUUGGAUUUUGACUAUGACCCUGAACCCUCAUAUCAUGAGAAAGGCUCAGGAAGAGGUCGAUCGAGUAGUUGGAGAAGACAGACUGCCUACAUGGGAAGACGAGCAAAAUCUACCCUAUCUCAGAGCCAUGAUUAAGGAAUUGCUUCGCACCCGUCCACCCAACAAAUUUGGCAUGCAACACUACACGACAGAAGAUGACUGGUUCAAGGGCUACUUCAUCCCCAAAGACACAGUGGUUGUCUUGAACUGGUGGGCAAUAAACUACGAUCCGUCUCACUGGGACAAACCAGAUGAGUUUAUGCCGGAGCGCUUCCUCGGCUACGAUCUACCGGCCGCCUCCUACAUCAACAUUGGAGAUCCCAGCCAGCGCGACCACUUCUCGUACGGAGCUGGAAGGCGGGUUUGUCCGGGUGUGCAUGUGGCCGAAAAGUCCCUAUAUUUGAACAUUGCCCGUGUCUUGUGGGCGUUCAACAUCUCAAAGAAAAUAUGCAAAGAUGGCAGUCUGAUUGAGCCAAACACCGCGAUGGUCCCAGGCUGGAUGACAAUCCCACAGCCGUUUGAAUGCGAUAUUACUGUAAGAUCAGAAAAGAAGGCGGCAUUGAUCAACGAUAUUUGGGCAGAGGCAAAGAGAAACCUUGACGGAAAAUAG